UGUGUGGGGUGUGAAACCCGCUCGGUCUUUUCCUGCGACUCUGCAUCAUAACCUGGAACAUGCCGGCUAAAGGUCCCCUGCAGUCCGUCCAGGUUUUUGGACGUAAAAAAACAGCCACUGCUGUCGCUCACUGUAAGAGGGGUAAUGGCCUCAUCAAGGUGAAUGGCAGACCUCUGGAAAUGAUCGAGCCAAGGACUCUCCAGUACAAGCUGUUGGAGCCAGUUCUUCUCCUGGGCAAGGAGCGCUUUGCUGGUGUUGAUAUCAGAGUUCGUGUGAAGGGUGGUGGUCAUGUUGCACAGAUCUAUGCCAUCCGUCAAGCCAUAUCCAAAUCCCUGGUUGCGUACUACCAGAAGUAUGUGGAUGAGGCUUCAAAGAAGGAAAUCAAGGACAUCCUUAUCCAGUAUGACAGGACCCUGCUAGUUGCUGAUCCCCGUCGCUGCGAGUCCAAGAAGUUCGGUGGACCUGGUGCCCGUGCUCGCUACCAGAAGUCCUACCGUUAAACUUUGUGUGUACAUUUUCAUCAAUCAAUAAAUCUGGAUCCAAAACAUCUUGCAUUCUUUUUAUGUAAUAUUUGUGUCUGUUUGUAAUAAAAGAAAAGACCCUUAAUUUUAA